AUGGCCAACUCUGGCAGAACAUCCAGACAAUCUGAUGAUGAUCAGGAAAGUUCAGCAAGAUUCCAAAAAAUAAGAAGCAAACAUCAACCUUUGUACAGUGUACCUUCCGGUUUGCGUAGAUGGACAGUUAACUGGAGCCUAUCACAAGACAGUGCUGCGAAGACCUUGGAUGGUGUAAGGAUCGUCCUGAUUGGAAAAACUGGAGUGGGAAAGAGUGCAACCGGAAACACCAUCCUGGGACACAAUGUGUUUCAAUCACGUUCCAGAAUGUCAUCUGUCACCAAAAUGUGUCAAAAAGAGAGUGGAGAUGCCUGUGGUCGACCUGUGACUGUGGUGGACACACCAGGACUCUUUGACACGAGCCUCAGUAAUGAAGAGAUUCAGCAGGAGAUCAUGAGGUGCAUUGAACUCUUGGCUCCUGGACCGCAUGUGUUUCUGCUGGUCAUUGCUGUCGGCCCGUUCACACCAGAGGAGAGAGAAACACUUCAGCUCAUCAAGAUGACCUUUGGACAGAAAGCAGAGGCCUACACUAUGGUGUUGUUCACACGAGGAGACAAUCUCAUAGAUGAAAGUAUUGAAGACUACAUUAAAGAAGGAGAUCCACAUGUUCAGAAACUGAUAAAUGACUGUGGAGGAAGAUUUCAUGUGUUCAAUAAUAAACAGAAGGAUCCUGAUCAGGUCGUAAGUCUGUUAAAGAAGAUUGAUAAGAUGAUGUGGGAUAAUAAUGCCAGUUUCUACAAUGACAAAAUGUUUCAGGAGGCCGAGAGAGCAUUCAGACUCAUGCAGAUCAACAGAGAGAAAGAAGAAGAGGUCAGACGAGAGAUAGAGGCCAUUAAAGCCAAAUAUGAGUCUGAAAUCAAAGAAAUUAAAGAGAAAUUAGAGGAGGAAAAAGCAAGAGGAAAAAUUAGAGAAUUCCUGCUUGUGGAGAGAGGGAUCGCAAAGCUGAGACAAAAGAGAGAAAACGCAGUGACAACAGGCACUGAACAAACUCAUUUUCAGAGAAAGAAUGAUGAUCAGAUUGAAAAGCAAGAAAAUCAGCUUCCAGAAACAACAGAUCUUGACAGAGAGAUACCAAAAACAGAAAGAGAAUCUAAUAAAGAUCGGGAAAAGUCUGAGAGGACAGAAGAAUGUAAAACAAAAGAGGCUGAGAGUGGAGAAGAGAAUGUAGAAAGGAUUAAAGAUACAGUCACAGAUCAACAAAGCAGUAAAGAUUUGCCUAAAAACUCUGAACAUGAGAGAAAUCCAGAGAAAGAACAACUACAUCAACAUUAUAAGGAAAUGGAAGAAUGCAGGCUGAAGAUGGAGGAGGCCAUGAGACGAUACAAAGAGACCGCAGAUAUGUACGCUGCAGAACUCAAGAAAAUUGAAGCCAGAAAUGCUCAAAUCAUUGACAGCUAUGAGAAGGACCAUGGGAAAUCUUGUGUGCUUCAAUAA